AUGGCAUACCUUCUAUACUCUUUGACCCUCUUCGUUCUAGUCCUAGGAACAAGUACUAUACCCAACCUCAUAAUCAACUUGACUUCACCCGGAUUAAACCCUGCUAAUCCCCUCAUAGUCCUCUACUUUAGUCGGACUCGCUGGCUUCCACUUCUCCCGGUUCCAGAUUAUCUAUAUCAACGCUUGCCUACCACAUUUCGGGGCGACGCCGAACUAGGUCUUUCUUCCGCGGACUUCAGCCUAGCAUCCAACAUCGAAGAAGGUGACAACCGUGGCGGCCUAGACGAACGUGGAAAAAGGGAAGUUCUCAAAAUUAUGAAGAGCAGACGAGUGGAUUUCAACGAGGCGAGAAAGAUUUAUAUGGAGCGGCGAUUUACAAAGAAUAAUAUUGGCCCGGAUGGGGUGCCCAGGGACCCCAAAUUCGUUUCCUUCUCGUAA